AAGUCAAAUAUCGCAAUUAAAUUAAAAUUUUAAAUAAGUACAAUUAAUAUUAAAUGAGCUUUCUCACGCUUACUAUCAGAUUUAUUCUACGAAAUAAUAAUCAAAGAUGAUGCUAGUAUAAUUAAAAGUGAAAUAUUUCUGAAAAUGGAAGAAAAAAAUUUUAUUUGGACUCCAGAUAUAACGCAACGAUUUUUCGAAUUACGUUUCGAACAUGAGUGGCUAUUUAAACAAAAGAAACAGCCUUGGACGGAAUUCCGUAAGAUCCUUCUUGAGGAUGGCUUUCCUGAGGAAAUGACUAUGAAUCACAUUAGAAAGAAGUGGUCUUAUACUUAUGAUUCAUAUAGACUAGCCAAAAAGACUAAAAAUAAAGAUUGGAAAUAUUAUAAAAUGUUUGAUAAACAUUUUGGCAAAAAAGUUUUAGACAAAUAUGAAUCAUGGAAUGAUGAAUGGAGAUUAAAACUAAUAAUAUGCAUAUCUGAGACAAAAGAAGUAAAACUCGACUUUCAUAACAUGUGGAGGACUGUGGAAAGAGCAUUGAGAUGUCAGGACUUGCCGCCAGAUUGUUGUAUUCAAGACCUGAAAGGGCUCUGGCAUUAUAUCAAAGUUACUUUUAAUAGAAAACAUCGUCUAGUACUGAAACAGAGUUUGAACCCGGAAGACUGGCCGUUAUACCCUACAAUGUUAGAUUACUACCAGAGGUUCGAGGCAGAGUACUUGGCGCGCCUCGAGAACAUGCCCGCUGCGAGCCUCGCGAGCAUAGAGCUGAGGAAGAAACAUGUACCCAAGGGCACCUUUAAACAGGAAAUUGAAGAGGAUUUCCAAUGGUCGAAAGACAUAACAGAAACGUUUAUACAGAUCCGAUUGCAGCACGAUUGGCUAUUUAGAGACAGGAAAUGGGCUUGGAAUAACCUUCGAAAGAUAAUGAUAGAAGAGUACGGUUUCCCCCAAACGCUGAGCUCGCGGGAGCUUUCUAGGAAAUGGGCUGCGACUUACGGCGAGUACCAAAAAGCGAAGGCGACCAACAACAAAUCAUGGGUGUACUAUAACUUACUAGAAUUAUACCUUGGAGAAGGAAGCUUAAGUCUAAAUCCUAUGGUUGGCUGGCAAGAAGAGUGGGUUCAAAACUUGAUAAGCGCAAGAACAGACUUGGAGCAUUUGUUCCGAUUUUCCGACAAAUAUAUACAACAGGGGUGGCGGGAGGUUGAAAAAAGACUGAGAACUGUUGGUAUUCCCAUAGACCACAGUUUGUUGGACAUUGAAGACAUUUGGCUGCAUUUACUGAGAACUUUCAGGUGGAAAAGAAAAUUCGCUAUCAAGGGCAUACUAAACGAGCAAUGGCCGUACUUUGACGCAAUGGCCAAGUACAUGGAAACACAUGAACUGCACCAAAUCAAACAACAGAAGCAGGAUGACUACGAAGACGGGGCUGUGGAUGACGAUAUUGAAGACGACAUGAAGUUAUUUGAUUUGAAACAGAGGUUAACACUCGUCAAACCGAAGUUUGAAGUGAUGGACGCCAAUGUGUGUCGAUGUUGUUCCAAUGAAGACGGCGUUGUCGGUAUUUACGACCAGAAAGACGAGGGUGAGGUCGAUUUGGCGCACAAGUUGAAGAUCAUCUGCGGUAUUGAGGUUGAUCAAUCCGACACUCUUCCGUCACAAAUUUGUUUAAACUGCCUUCGAGAAUUAGAAAACGCUUACAAAUUCAGAAGAAAAUGUCAAGACAUGGACAAAAUGUUCAGGGACCAAGCUAGUCAAGUUAAAAUGGAGUCACACCCAAACUAUCAUCACAAUGAUAACAACGACGAAAGAGACAGUGGACACGAUGCCAUAGAGUUUGAAAUAGACGCGAACUACGAUGACCAACCUACCGAACUGACUGAAGUUAAAACACGCAUUAUAAAAUUAAGUCAAGCGAAAAAACAAAAACCUUCAAUCAAAAGGGAGAGUAAGAAAAUUUUGAAAAGGAACAGGGUCCGAAAACCUAGAUACGAAUAUUGGAAGAUUUGCGAAGUGUGCGGGAAAAAUACGAGGAAUCUAGUCACCCAUAUGGAAUCUCACUCCAACGAUAAAAUAUACUCGUGCGAGAUUUGCCAGAAGAAAUUCAAGUUCAAAAGCGGUGUUAUUCUACAUAAAGCGAUUCAUGCGACCACGCCGAAGAAAACUUGUGAAGUGUGCGGGAAAAAUUUCUUCAUUAUGGCCCAAUAUCGCAAACAUUACGCUAUACACGCGAACGAGAGGAAACACGCGUGCGAGACCUGUGGGAAGCGGUUCAAUUCCUUGGACAUUCUCAGAGUCCACAACAGGUCCCAUACAGAUGAACGGCCUUUCACUUGUUCCGAGUGUGGCAAAACGUUUAGGACUUCGGGUUGUGUGUCUCGACACAGGAGAAUAGUUCACAGAAAUAUCAAAGUUCAAAAAGUCGAACAGAAAUUAUUAUAAUUGUUGUUGUAGUGUGUAUUUGACCUCGUUAUCGGCUCCGAAUUAUUUAUUAAAGCACAUUAUCUCUUUGACGGUGACUAUACACGUGUU